CCCCGAGGGUUUUGGCAAUUCGGAGCUUUGUUUGUCGCCAGAGGUACAUGCACAUAGACAGUGCGUGUUGGGUUGAGUUGAUUGCACUGCAACUUCCGAAUCAUCUUACUCUCUCUCUUGUGCUGCACCUCCGAUCAUAUCAUACUCCCAACAGUAGCCCGAGGCAAGGGCACCAGAGGGGCGUGCGGCAGAAACAGGAAUAUAGUAUAAGACCUGGGCUUUUCCCCUUUUGCUCCCCUCUCCAUCCUUCUUUCUGGAUUUGCUUUAAAAUGUCAUUGUUUGGCUAGCAGGUUCUCUUCUUCUUUUUCUUCCCCUCCCUCGGAAUUUUCUUACACAAAAGGCCCAAGGAUUUUCCGUCUGUCUGGCUGCCCGUCCAUCUGGAUAUAUCGGCUUGGGGUUUUUACCUACUGCUAUUUAUCAUGUCGCAGGAAUUUGCUAUGGAAGCUGGAACUCCCGCGGCUACUACUCGAAGGGCGGAGGAGGUGGCGGGUUUGGCAGCUGUUAAGGAUAUUGUGUUUGGUUCUUCCGCAGGAAUAGUUGGAAAAACUAUAGAAUACCCCUUCGACACCGUCAAAGUUAGGCUGCAAUCCCAGCCUGACGACCAACCAUUGCGUUACCGCGGACCUCUAGAUUGCCUCAAGCAGAGCUUGAAGCAGGACGGUAUCCGUGGGCUGUAUCGCGGCAUCUCACCACCGCUCGUGGGUGCUGCGACGGAGAAUUCGGCUCUAUUUUUUAGUUACAACAUCGCCCAAAACCUCGUGCGGAAAUUCUUUCAUCCCUGUCUUGAUAGGGAAGACGAUCUCCCUAUCGGUGCAUUAGUAUUCUGCGGCGCUGCUAGUGGUGCCUUCACAUCUUUCAUACUCACUCCCAUAGAACUUAUAAAGUGCAAGAUGCAAGUGCAAACCGUCGGCAUUCCAUAUCCCGCAAUCCCUGGAGUUUAUAGGGUCUACGGAUUGAAGGGACUCUGGCACGGUCAGGUCGGCACCUUCCUUCGUGAAACCGGAGGCUCGGCGGCAUGGUUCGGAUCAUACGAGUACAUCUCUAGAACGCUUAGGAAGUGGCGGGGUAGGAGUAAUAAUACUGCUGGGGAAAUGAUGGUUGCCGGAGCUGCUGCCGGCGUAAGCUACAACUUCAUACUCUUCCCCGCGGACUCCGUCAAGUCCCGGAUGCAAACCGAAGCUAUCGGGAUACGAGGUGACAAGAAGGGGUUCAUACAGGUUGCUACGGGAAUGUACCGUGCUAGCGGAAUCAGAGGGCUGUACCGCGGGUGUGGAUUGACAUGCAUGAGGAGUGCGCCAUCGUCGGCGGUGAUUUUCCUGGUGUACGAAAGUAUGAAGAAGCAUUUUGGGUAGUCACUUUAUGCGCUGUGUGUGCCUAGAGUAGAGUGAUGCGUGGAUGGAUGGUUGGUUGUUAUUAGAUGGGCGUUUUUUUCUUUUGCUUUGCUAUAUUUGCCUUGGGUGGGUUUUUCUUCUGUUUUGAUAGACAAAUUUUAGGUUCUACAUAUCCUUUUUCCUUUUUCCUUGCGAGUGAGGGGUUGUGAUCUGCUUUUUUUUCCUUAGUGUCGACAACUCGUGUGAAGCACAGCAUGUACCUAGGCGAUUGUGUAGUUUUGGGCAAAUAGACAACAAUAGAGAUGCCCCAUAUUACGGGUAGCCACCGCUUCUGGCACCGCCUGAGAUGGGAGGAUGCCAGCAGAGGUAUCUAUCUUGCAA